UAGUGGCAACGCGACAUAACCUAUUAACCUAAAACAAUUCCUGGUAUAUCGUAAAUAAUAUCAAGUAUUUCUCGCAAGAGUUUGUCGUUUUACAGUUCACACGUUCAGUGAAGUAUCUUCUAGCGGAACGAAGGGAUCGUUUCUUGGGGGAACGUAUUUAUUGUCGGCCAUUGGAGGAACUAUACACGAGCGCGUUGACAUAUCGUGUACUUUCGUCGUAUCGUGCAUCAUGGCUUAGCAUAGAAUAGCCGCUCAAGUUGACCCUUCUAUGUGAUCUUUAUGGUUCUUCGGAAUAACUUAUUAACAAAAUUCAGCGUAUUUUCUUUGGGAACGGGAGUAGCGAACGAAAUUCCUGUGGUGCGAAAAGAAUCGUAGCAUUCGUGGAAAGUGGUGCGCAAUUGGCCCUCGACGAGGGAGAAUCGAAAGCGUCGAAAGUAACGAGUCAUCUACCGAUUCAAGAUGGCAGAAGGCCAGGAUACACGGAAGAAAAUCACGGUUAACGUCAAAACGCCAAAGGAGAAACAGACCGUCGAGAUCGAGGAGGAUGCUAAUAUUAAAGACUUUAAAGAGACGGUUGCGAAGAAGUUCAAUGCUCAAUCGGAUCAGUUGUGUCUGAUCUUCGCGGGGAAAAUCAUGAAAGAUCACGAAACGUUGAGUACGCAUAAUGUCAAGGAUGGCUUGACGGUUCAUCUGGUUAUUAAGGCACCUCGUUCUGCUUCCAACCAAAGCCAAGACUCUACACCGACUCAGAGACCGCAAGCUGACAUAAGUGCUAGUCCCUUCGGGUUAGGUAGUUUAGGAGGACUCGCAGGCCUGGAAUCCCUUGGCUUGGGUUCUGCUAAUUUCAUUGAUUUGCAACAACGUAUGCAACGUGAACUAUUGUCAAAUCCAGAAACAAUGCGUCAAGUACUCGACAAUCCGUUGGUACAAAGUUUGAUGAACGAUCCAGAGAAUAUGCGUAACUUGGUUACGGCUAACCCUCAAAUGCAGGAGUUGAUGCAACGCAAUCCAGAAAUUAGUCAUAUGCUGAAUAACCCAGAAUUGUUGAGACAAACAAUGGAGUUGGCACGCAAUCCAUCGAUGCUUCAAGAAUUAAUGCGUUCCCAUGACAGAGCUCUGUCUAAUCUAGAAAGUAUUCCUGGUGGCUACAGUGCGCUUCGUCGCAUGUAUCGUGACAUUCAAGAGCCUAUGCUUGCUGCCGCGGACAGCGAACGUAAUCCUUUCGCAGCAUUAGUCGAAAACAAUGGUAGUCAGGAUAGCCAGAAUCCACAGCAGGGUCAAGAGAACAGGGACCCUUUGCCAAAUCCUUGGAAUCAGGGUCAAAGCAACGAUUCUCCUAAUCAACAACAAGGAAGAGGUUUAUUGGAUUCGCCAGCAAUGCAAAGUCUUGCAGCUCAAAUGAUGGAAAAUCCGCAGCUUAUGCGAAACAUGUUGAACGCUCCGUAUACGAGGUCUAUGCUGGAAGCUAUGGCAGCGGAUCCCUCUAUGGCCAGUAGUAUAAUCGCUGCCAAUCCGUUUCUUCGAGGAAAUCCACAGAUGCAGGAACAAAUACGAGCUAUGCUGCCUGCAUUUAUUCAGCAAAUGCAGAAUCCUCAAAUUCAGAAUGUCGUUACGAAUCCUGAUGCGUUAGCGGCCAUUAUGCAAAUUCAACAGGGUAUGGAGCAGUUACGUACCGUUGCUCCGGAACUUGUUGAAAAUAUGGGCAUGACUGUACCACCUGCAGCAGCAACAACACCAAACGCUGGAGCAACAAAUCCAACUGUACCAACUACACAACCGGCGGCGGAUACAAACCAACAAGAUACAUUCUCUCAAUUUAUGGCACGCAUGGUAUCAGCAAUGGCAUUAAAUCAAGGUGCAGAGGUAGAUGGUCAACCUGUACCUCCACCAGAAGAGCGUUACAGAGCACAGUUAGAACAGCUUACGGCUAUGGGUUUUGUUAAUAGAGACGCUAAUUUACAAGCAUUAAUAGCCACAUUCGGAGAUAUAAACGCUGCUGUUGAACGGCUACUGUCUAAUGGACAAGUGUCCAUGAGCUAACCACCAAUAUGCAAUGCUGUUAUUCCAUUACUAUUUUUAAUUUUUUCCUUAUUUACCUCUUACAACAGGCGUGGUGAGAGAUAUUUGAGGUAACUGGCUGUCAGAAAAUUAUAAACUUCUACCCCAACUCUUGACAGAAUACACGCUACUGACUCGUUCAACAUGCAUUUUUAUUUUGGAUUGGUACUUGAUCGUACUCGAUAAAACAAGUACUGCUAUCUAAAUGUUUAACUUGUUCACAUGUUUCACUUUCGAAAUUUCUAGUUUAAUUCUUUAUUCUGUACGUUUUCUCGAUGUGCUGAAAGUACGAAGUAGCUCUGUUAAUGUAUUUCGUCGGUGUAAAUUUAUUCGUCAUACAUUCAAGAUUAUAUUACUAGAUCGUAAUACGAGGGACGUGUCCUUCUUCUUUGUUAUUAUACGUUUACGGUGUUUCUUAGAAACAAUGGAACCUGCAUGGAAAAUAGAUUGCCGUUAAAAUAAGUAUGAUGCUUCUGGCUUGAUCAGUCGAUUACAAAUUUUUAUAAAGAAUAAUUUUGUUUUGCUUAAGUGUAAUAUAAUCACACUAGUAAAUGUAUUGCAUGAAACGUUGAUAUGUUUGCAACAGAAACGGGGGUAUAGGUAAUUAUCAAUUAACUACAUAACAUUUGAUGUAUAGGAAUAAAGAACUUGUCGAGACUAUGAACUAAAGACUUUGAGGUGACGUGAAUUAUAAUUCAAUUAUUCGUUCUGCUUAACGAGAAACAUACUCGGUGAUCCCGUUAAUGUUUUCCAUGUGAGUUUUGUACGUGUGACUGGUGAGAAGCGAAAUUUUUUUUGUUUCAUCUUUAUGCCGACGCACAUUGUUUUACCUUUUUGUUUCCUUAGUUUCUAUUGUAUGCGUAAAAAAAGUAACUAUGCACUACUACAUGUCUUAAGAUACAAAUUUAGAGAUUUGUAGCGUGAUGAUUGAGGAUUCUAUGGUGUAGGUUGUUUAUAUAGAGAAACGCGCGGAAAGAUCGAUUUAACGAGAUGUCACAUGUAAAUGUGUUUAAAUUGGAAAAAAUGUAAUCGUCGGAUAGCUCUUAAGGUAUAUUGAAAGAAAAAAUGGUAAAUGUUGUAAAUUAUCUUUAUUGAGGAAGAAAAAAAAACAGUUAUAAUUUUACUAUUUUUGAUUGAUGUACGAUUACAGAAAUAUCCAUGCGCAUUAUAAUAAACUUUUAUGUGUAUUCAGUAUACUUCACUAAACAAGGUAUUCUGUACAAUCGAUUAUAUGACAAAAUAAAAUCAUGGUUGAUUCAUA